UGGACAACACCAACAACAACUUGUAAACAAUGACGAGUCUUCUUUAUCUCUCAUAUUUGUGACUCUCUCUCGCCCCUCAGGGUUUACCACCGCUUGUCAUACAUAUCAUCCAUCAACCCAGACGGGUCUUGAUCCUAGGAGCUGCACAUCCUGACUUAUUUUACAUCUAAAUUGACACAAGCUGUGUCACCCCUACGGGUUUACGCUUCUCAGUCAUACAUAAAGUAUUUUGUGGAUGGCUACUAGGUUGUAUCUUCCCAAACACUAUAUCUUCAGUACUUCAAGAAUCACCAGUGUAAGUGUCUUGAACAACACCUGAUACUUCAGAAGUAUUGUGUGCAACACUACCAGGUUGUAUCUUCCCAGACACUAUAUCUUCAGUACUUCAAGGACAACAACUCUUAUUCUUGUGAAUUUUUAAGUAGCCAAGCAAUACUAUUUAAACAAUUUUGAUUUUGAUAUUAGGAAUUCUUUCUAAAAAUGGCAUGGCAGUUAAUAGAAAAAUACAGGUUAGUAAUACUAUAAUUAAAAAUUUUCAGAACAAUCUGUGUAAACACAAGAGAAAAUAAUGAAUAUGGUCUUCAGUGUAGUAUUUUAGUAAAUAUUUUAGUCUUGUAACACAAAACAAAAAAUCAUGGUAGUCUGUUAGCACUCACAAAACUUCAUUAUUACCCAUAGGUAGAAAUAGUUUACACAAAUCUUGUUUUCAUGAGGAAAACUGUGUGUUUAGUGUCCAAAAUAGUUGACCAAAAAAUAAAUCUUAAAAUACAAAUGAUGAAUACAUAAGAAUGAUUAACUAUACCACUGUUGACUGACUAAAAUAUAUUAAAAGUGAAUACCUUCUUUUCAAAAAUAUGGAAAAACAUACAGGAGAUAAACCAUAUCAGUGUUCAGAGUGUCCAAAGUGUUUCAGACAAAAAAGCUGUCUUGCGAGACAUAUGCGAGUACAUACAGGAGAUAAACCGUUUCAGUGUUCAGACUGUCAGAAAUGUUUUAGUGUGAAAGGCAGUCUCGUGACACAUGCACGAAUACAUACAGGAAAUAAACCAUUUCAUUGUUCAGAGUGUUUGAAAUGUUUUUCAGAAAAAAGUAUUCUUGUGAAACAUCUGCGAGUACAUACAGGAGAUAGACCAUUUCAGUGUUCAGAGUGUCUUGAAUGUUUUACUCAGAAAGGCCAUCUUGUGACACACAUGCGCAUACAUACAGGAGAUAAACCAUAUAAUUGUUCAGAGUGUCUGAAAUGUUUUACUGAAAAAGGCAGUCUUGUAAAACAUUUGCGAGUACAUACAGGAGAUAAACCAUUUCAGUGUUCAGAGUGUCUGAAAUGUUUUGCUGAAAAAGGCAGUCUUGUAAGACAUGUGCGAGUACAUACAGGAGAUAAACCAUUUCAGUGUUCAGAGUGUCUGAAAUGUUUUACUGAAAAAGCCAGUCUUGUGAAACAUAUGCGAGGACAUACAGGAGAUAAACCAUUUCACUGUUUAGAGUGUCCAAAAUGUUUUACUGGAAAAGCUAGUCUUACGAGACAUAUGCGAGGACACACAGGAGAUAAACCAUUUCAGUGUUCAGAGUGUCUGAAAUGUUUUACUGAAAAAGGUAUUCUUGUGAAACAUUUGCGAGUACAUACAGGAGAUAAACCAUUUCAGUGUUCAGAGUGUCUGAUAUGUUUUAGUGUAAAAAGCAGUCUUGUGAGACAUAUGCGAGUACAUACAGGAGAUAAAAUAUGUUAGUGUUUAAUGUUUCAGGAAUAUUUUUGCUAUAAACACAUAAGAAUAUAUACAAGUAUCAAUGUUCAGAGUGAAAGAUGUUAAUGUGAAUCAUGUAAAUCAUAUAAUAAUUUCAUGGAGAAGAUAAGUUCUGUAAAUGUUCAGAAUGUCUUAUAUAUUUUAUCAAAAUAAAGGGUAAUCUUGUACA